AGAUUCACACCGUUUACAUUCACACGCAUACACACACUCGUCGUGUGUUAUUAUUUAUUAGUAUUAUUGUUUUCUAGGAAAGCACCCCGUGUGACUACGCCCAUCACAGCUUAUUUGUUUUUGUCGUCGUCGUCGUUCAUCAUGUUCCGCCGCGUAACGCUUCCGCUGGGCACCACUGCGGCCCUCAGCGCCUUCAACAUGGCUGUCCGCGGCGCCUACCACCGACCCACCACCCACGACUGGUCGCAGAUCCUGCCGCAGAAUAUGUCGCCUGAGGAGCUCGCCGCACUGCAGGCACAGAGCCACCGCACCGUCUCCGGCGUAGUCCCUGGUGAAAUGUUUAUGCGCCACUGGAUCGCCGCGGAGCAGUCCACCGUGUCCGUCGUGGACCGCGUCAUCUCCGGCAUGAUUGCCGUCGUGACAAUGUUGUGGGCCGCCGGGUACGCGACGCUGGGCUACAACGGCCACAACUCCGCCCACGUAGCAGGCUGGAUGUUCAUUGCGUAUUGGCUGGUGCUCCACACGCACAUGAUGUGGCUCGUGCCCACCUUCCUGGGACUGGCGCUGCUGGAGCUCCUUCUGAAUUAA